AUGGACCAGCCGGUAGAUACCGAACAAUUGAUGAUGAAGCGAAAUGAAAUUAUAAACCGCCUUGCUCCACUGACACUGCUCGAUGAAGACGACUUUGAAGAUGGUGGUGUUGGACAUGUGUCAUACACAGUUGCCUCUUCAGUACUCGAUGAGAGGGGUGAACUGCAUCCUGUGACUUUGGUGAUGGGCCCACCUGCUCUAGAGCUUCCUCCACUUCCCGCAGCAAAUUUGUCGACGGUACCUCUACCAGCGACCGCAUCUGAAGGGACAAUAGCAGUGAUUGGUGAUAUUGCAAUGGCGACCGGAUCCCGACCUCGUACCCAAAGCAUUCCGUUGGUGCAGUUCACAAAUGUGGUGACAGCUUGUCCUACAACUCUUCUGUCUACUGAGGGCACGCCGACGGCCACUGUGCAAGCAGACUGCACAACCAUGCAUCUUAAGGAUACGAUCAACCAACCACUUCCAACGCCUGCCAUUCAGAGAAGUCAAGGUUGUUUGAGAAAACGUUAG